UCGGCUCCAGGUGCGGCGGGACGACCGGGGCCGCGGCCGGGGCCGGGGCCGGGGCUGGGACGCGCUGCCGCGGCGCCAUGGCCGAGUCCCAGCUCAGCUGCCUGGACGAGGCGCACGUGAACGAGAGGGUGACCGAGGGGCAGGCCGCCUUCUACUACUGCGAGCGGAGGCGGGCCGCGCUGGAGGCGCUGCUGGCCGGCGGCGAGCGGGCGUACCGCGAGCUGGUCAAGAAGGAGCAGCUGCGGGACUUCCUCUCCAGCCGGGAGCAACAGGCCCUCCGCGCCGCCUGGAGCCCCUACGAGGAUGCAGCCGCCGCCGCCCGGGCCAAGAACAAGGCCAAGGCCAAAGCCCCAGCGCAGGCGCAGGCCCCGGCCGAGCCCUGUGAGUCCCUGGCCUACUGGCCCGACCGCUCCGACACGGAGGUGCCCCCGCUGGACCUGGGCUGGACCGACCAGGGCGUCUACCGCGGCGUGAGCCGCAUCACCCUCUACACCCACCCCCCCAAGGAGGAGAAGGCGCCCCACCUCAAGCAGGUGGUCAGGCAGAUGAUCCAACAGGCCCAGAAGGUCAUUGCGGUGGUCAUGGACUUCUUCACUGACAGCGAUAUCUUCCAAGACAUUGUGGAUGCUGCCUUUAAGCGCCGGGUCCCGGUGUAUAUCAUCCUGGAUGAGGCAGGCGUGAAGUUUUUCUUGGAAAUGUGUCAGGGCCUAGAGCUCACCGACUUCCGCGUUCGGAACAUCCGUGUCCGCUCUGUAACAGGUGUUGGCUUCUACAUGCCCAUGGGGAAGAUCAAGGGGACCCUGUCAUCAACAUUCCUAAUGGUAGAUGGUGAGAAAGUGGCCACAGGAUCUUACAGGUUCACCUGGAGCUCCUCCUACGUGGACAGGAACCUUCUCCUCCUCCUCACAGGGCAGAACGUGGAGCCCUUCGACCUGUUGUUCCGGGAGCUGUAUGCCAUCUCUGAGGAGGUGAACUUGUACCAGCAGCUGAACCUGGGGGGUGGCGCCGGGAGGCUGAGCCCCAACCACUCCUCCACGGUGGCUCGCAGGCUCAUCAACCCCAAGUAUGCCCUGGUGUCAGGCAGCCGCCAGCCCCCCGGGGAGAUGAUGCGCUGGGCCGUCCGGCAGCAGCGGGAGGCCGGCGGCGACCCCAAGGAGCAGCAGGAGCGGGGCAGCGGCGGGGAGGCGGCCCGGCGCCUGGAGAGCUUCCUGAACGACCUGGUCACGCUGGAGCAGGUGCUGCCCCCCAUGGAGCCCGUGCCCUCGGGACAGCUGGCUCGGAAGGGCGGCCGGGUGGUCUCUCACCUGCACGUGGACCUGAAGCCCAGACCCCCGGAGGCGCUGGUCCGGAACGGCAAGGGAGAGGCUGCCAACGGGGAAGCCGCCACUGCCAAGGACAGCAGGCGCUUCAGCAGGAGGCUCUUCAGCCGGCGGUCCAAGACUCCCGCGGCGCCCAACGGCGGGAGCAGCUCCCUCUCCACCGAGACCUUCGCAGAGGUGCAGUUUGUGACGGGGAAGAGGCCCAAAGAGGGCUCCAGUGCUGACAUCUCAGUUGUCUCUGCAGGUAAAACAAGUGCCAGUCCCGCCAAGGCCAGAAAUUGCGUGAUUUCCUGAGCUGUGGGCCAGCGGUGGGGAGGACUUAUGGGUGUCCCCGGCCCUGCCCUAUGGAGAAUUCAGGUCAAGCCCUGCACCAGUUUGCACUCUGGACCCUCACUUGCUUCCUGCCCAGCAGCCUCAAUCCUGGCCUCAGGGACCCUUGAUUCCAGACGUGAGAGUCUGCAGCAUCUCAAGACGACCGCACACCCCUGCAAGACUGUCGCUGGCCAGGCAGGGGACACUCCUUGUUUACAUGAAGUGGAAGCUUGACUCGUGUCUGCUCUCCUUUAUGCCAGACCCCCUCCCUCCACUGGGCCAGCCUUGCCCUGCAGGUGCCCAGAUGGGGUGAGUCCGUGUCUUCAUGCCUAAGGUGAUGGGGUCUCCAGGGCAGCUCCAGCUCCCUGACUUCUCCUUCCCUGGGCUUCCUGGUGCUCCUGAUUCCCCAAGAGGUUUGGUGGGAUAUAAAGGAAGAGAACGGAUGGGACUCUGGGCCGGGGAGCCAGUCUCGACCUAGGCUCGGCACUCAAGGUAGAAGGUGCAGCGAGCACAGCUUAGGGCACCAGCUGCUCUGGCCUUCCUGGCCUGGUUUCUGCAGGCUCCUGUACCAGACCUGGAGUGAAAUGAGGGCCAAGCCUCCCCUCAGCCAGGGGCAGAAUCUGACCCUGCCGUGCUGAGAGCCCUCACGCUGAGGUCUGCUUCCCCUCCCUGCCACCAUCUCAGCACACUCCACGCCAGCGGUCCAGACCUCCUUGGCUGUCACCAGUGCAAACACAUAUGGGGCUGCUUCUUGUGCUUUUGCCUGAGGCUACUCCCUCCCUUUAAUAAAGUGCCUUGGUUGGCAGCCCAGGCCGGGAGGUUCGAGUGCUAUGGGAGGUUAGCCCUGCAGACAAGGGCCUCUGUCCUUCCCACCUCCCUCCCCGCUUCCUCCCAAGAUGGCCAUCAGGCCCCUUCACCAGCCGGGACUGUUGUGCCUUCUCUAGUUACAUUUCAGCCGAAAACCAGCCUUUGCCUCCUGACAAAAGUCAGGCUGUAUCUAGGAGCUUUUGCCUCCCCAAAGAGGCCUGGCCUAAUGGCCACAACGCCAGCCCAGGGAGAGCAGCCUAAAGUCACCGCCUACCCCUCCCUACUUGUGUGACCAGAGGGGUCAAAGGAGAGAUUUCUUUCCUUUUUUUUUUUUUAAAUUUUUUAUUAACAUAUAAUGUAUUAUUUGUUUCAGGGGUACAGGUCUGUUAUCCAUCAGCCCUACACAAUUCACAGCACUCGCCAUAAAACAUACCCUCCCCAGUGUCCAUCCCCCAGCCGCCCCAUCCUUUCCUGAGUUUGUCUCCUGAGAUUAAGAGUUGAGGAGAAAUUUCUCGAGUGGACAACAGAAAUUGCCAGACUGCAGGUUCUGCGAGGCUACAGCUGUGGGAUCACAGCCAGCAGGGAGCCGAGGGGCCACAUGGCCCAGUGGAAGCAACACCAGUGGAAGCAACACCAGGCGGCCUCUUCCAGCCUCUUCUGAA